AUGCCGACUCAAACGAAAGUUUCAACGGGGAAAGAUGGAAGAAAGAGAACCUACUCUUUGGUUUCCAACAUAUCAAAUGCACAGGCUGGUCCUGUCGCAAGCACCAAGACGGCUGCGAAUAGCUCGCCGUCGGCGAAACAGGCCCAAGGCGCGAAACAAGCCCUGAAGACGACGGCGGAUCCCCAACCACAGAAGUCCGAGCCCACGAAACAGGCACCUAAUGUGUUUGAAUAUCUCGAUGAGGACGACGAAUCAUCUUCAGGCUCAUCAUCGGAUUCCGAGGAAUCUGAAGACGAAGAGCCGGAACCUCGCCCUAAGCAAGCGACCCCCAAAAUCCAGUCUCCAACACCACAGCCAAAAACUGUGCCACACAGAGUACUGGCACCGGGUGGAAAUACGCCCCCAAAACAGAUGACACAGUCGCCGCCGGCCACCAAAAGCCCAAAGGAACCAGCAAAGCCACCAGCUCCGCCGGCGCCUGAAGUCCCAUCCCAGGAAACUCAACUGGUUACUCGAAAGAGGCAAGCCGCAAGGAAGCCCAGCCCCAUAUCCAUGGCCAGCAUCUCUCCGUCUUCAGGCAAAGGACAAAUGGAACUGUCCCGUCCGCCGCAGUAUCACGGAUCAAGAGACACGGGCACCAUUCAUAGACCACCCCUGCCCCCAUCUCCCCCACGAAGUCCCGAAGAAGGUCUUCAUUUCACAACACCAAGAAAAAGACGAGACUCUGCCCAAAGCACAUCCGGCUACGGACUUGUCGCUUCACAACUCACCAAAUCUGCAUCCGAGGAAAUGGACGGAUUCUCCCCUUUGUACCGACGCUUCGAGAGCGUGAACCACCGCGUUCUCCUUCACCUGCAAGAUGAAAUCUCCCAAAUGGAAGAAGAUCUACACUCCCUCGACGAUUACGAAGAAAUGCAUCGCAUCAGCACGGCAGAACAAGAAGGAACCAAGCCCCUUCCUGCCUCGAGACGCAGAGACUCCCAGGCCCAGGCCUAUUCUUCUCUCCACUACCGACGCAUGGAUCUAAUGUCCGCUUUGGUUGCAAAGACCGAACAGUAUAGUACGCACACCACACUGAAUUCCCCGCGCAUCAUAACUGACAGCCAUCUAGACAAUGCACUCACUGCCUAUAGCAAGGUUCUCCAGACGCUUCCCUCCGCACCAGAAAAGGACGUCGACAACUACCGCAGCUGGAUGAUCAAACAACACCCGAUCGCCUCUGCCGAAGUCCGCUUUCUAAACCACAGAAAGGAUCUUGUUUCCUUGACACCUCGGGUGGCUACUCCUGCGGCCGCGGCUCCCGUCUACGUCGCUAUCAUCAUUGCAUCUGGGGCUCUGCUAUUGCCGCUCCUGGCAUUCAACAUGAUCGCGGAAUUCUCGGGUCGGCUUGUUGUUGUGACUGUUGUCGGCGGGGCUGCGGCUGCUAUUGCGGCGAAUUAUUCGGCUGGCGUUAAUAGUGCUGUUGAAUCUAGGGACGGUUGGCGCUGCGCGACAAUAUACUUUGGCUUCAUGACCAUGGCCGCUAUGUUUAUUCCUUGA